AUGGUAAUUUUGGAGAUCAGGAUUUUUUUUAACCACCGACUUUCUCUCUCCUGCCUCACUCUUCUUCCUCGCGACACAGCCCCCCCUGUUUCAACCCGCCACCUUCUCUCCUCCAUAACUACCGCCACCGUGAACCACCGGCCACAAGACCGGAUCCGUUCAAACCGUCAGCCUUCCCCCAUCACUUCCCGACCAGCCUCAGUCGUCGCCGACCUCGGAGCUCAUCGGAAACUGGAGAAAAACCCGCCGGUUUCAAUCGAUUUUCACAACCUUCAAUCUCCGUCGUCCGGCUACCAAAUCGGGCGAUCAAGGUCCAAGAACAAAAGUGGUUCCAAAUUGGGUGUUUUACCUAAGUUAGGAGUUUGGGCCGGCGGUUUGGAGUUUUUCCGGCCACCGGAAAUUUCUCAAGCCACCCAAGCUGUCAGCGCGUGGGCAGUCUGGAGGGGACCACUCUCAGUUUCAGAAUGA